AUGAUGUUGACUUUACAAAUGUUAGGAAUGAUGACGACUUCCGGCUUUCUUCUUCUUCUUUCGCAUCAUACCCCAUUAAAGCCUUCUUGUCAUACUCAUCGAGAAAAUGGGUGGGUAAAAAUUGGAUCAGAAGAGGAAGAAGCAGAAGAAGCAGAUGCCACAACCGCCGGUAUGGUAUUGAUUCUUGCAAAUAGCAUUGCGAAGAUAGCUUCGAUAUACAAGCAACAAAAUUAUAGAGUGCUGCUUUUAAUUUUUGCAAAAUCAGUAUAG